GACUCCUUAUUCGUUGAUGUCAAAACUCGCCGGUAUAUUGCAUUGUGAUCGUUGUGGACUGGGAAAGUCUUAGUCCAUUUUACAACGUCAAGCUUGAAGCUUGAAGGGCCGCCGUAAGUCAGCGCAGUUGACUAUUCAUACUAGCGUUCACAUCACAAUCACAUUCUAAGUCUCGGAGACACCUCGUCUCACAACCAACCGGGCGUUUCCCAGCCAUUUCCUGGGGACACAGCGCCUAUACGGACAAGAUAUAAGUAUACGUACCGACGUCAACCUUCUGCUAUUCGUAUUAUUUGCUGGGUCUUCUUCCAGCCGCUUCAUCUAUCCUGCGUAUUAUAUCAAAGAUGCGUCCAACUCCGGGGCUCGUCUAUCUUUCUCACAGUUCACACCGUAUCUUACUCCCGCUCGUCCUGGUUUGGGCGGCGACAUAUGUUACUGACCUUCGAGGAUUCAUUCUCCCCCGUUGGCUGGUACUAUGCGCCUAUGUACUGGCCAUCCCCAUCGCCAUCGUUGUCUCGGACACGUGGACCUCAUACAAUAACAAGCGAGAUGCUGUUUCCAGAGGGGCAAUUCUGCCCAAACUGGUUGGCUACAGAUGGCCCUUUGGACUGGAUACCAUACUUUCGCUUAGAGCAUCAUUUACGACUCGUUAUCUUGGAAAUGCUGUCUUCGAUUGGGCAGAUCAAUAUGGAUACAUGUUUCGCUUCCGCGUCCCUGGAGAGACCAGGGUGUUCACCGCAGAACCGGAACAUAUCAAGAGAAUCCUUGCUACUGACUUCUCCAACUACGAGAAAGGACCUAAUUUCCGUUUGCAAAUGCAGACACUUCUCGGAACCGGUGUAUUCAACUCCGAUGGCGACAUGUGGAAGUUCCACCGUUCGAUGACUAGGCCGUUCUUUAGUAAGGAUAGGAUUAGUCAUUUCGACAUCUUCGAUCGGCAUGCAUCUGACGUUAUAGACAAGAUCCGAUCCCGAAUGAGAGAAGGCUAUCCGAUUGACUGGCAGGACCUUGCGUCUCGCUUUACGCUCGAUUCCGCUACAGAGUUCCUUUUCGGAAGGGACGUCCAGUCUCUUUCCGCACCCCUCCCAUAUCCUUCUACGGCGCCGAUUGCCAAUCAUCUGUCAGGCAAUUCGGUCGCAAUGGCAUUUUCAAAGGCCUUCCUGGAUGCGCAAGUGACUUCGGCCGGUCGAGCUCGGGUCCUGUUUCCUUGGCCCUUGCUUGAAAUAUUUCACGACAGGGUCGCAAAGCCUAUGGAAAUCAUUGACAAAUUUAUUGAUCCUAUACUGAAGGAUGCUUUGGAGAAGAAGACGGCUUCUAACAUCAAAGUUGAAAAGUCUGGAGAACUGGAGAUAUCGGAUGAGGACACACUGCUAUCGCAUCUGGUAAACUUGACCGACGAUCCUCAGAUCCUCAAAGACGAAACAUUGAAUAUCCUCCUUGCUGGAAGAGAUACAACUGCACUCACUCUCACUUGUGCGAUAUACCAGUUGGCAGAACAUCCGGAUAUCCUGCGAAGGCUUCGCGAAGAGAUACUUAACAAGGUUGGAAGUGCUAGGCGACCGACAUACGACGACAUUCGGGAUAUGAAAUACUUGCGAGCGUUCAUCAACGAGGUUUUGCGGCUUUAUCCCGCUGUCCCGUUCAACGUUCGCUUCACAAUCAAUCCUACUGAAUGGCCGUCUCAAGAGGGAGAGCCGCCGACAUACAUACCCGCCAACACGCGAUGCCUCUAUUCCGUUUUCGUGAUGCACCGCCGCAAAGAUCUUUGGGGCCCUGAUUCAUUGGAGUUUGACCCAGACCGUUUCAUCGACGAACGGUUGCACAAAUACCUCACACCUAACCCCUUCAUUUUCCUGCCUUUCAAUGGUGGUCCUCGAAUUUGUCUCGGACAACAGUUCGCAUACAACGAAACGUCAUUCAUGCUGAUUCGCCUGCUACAACGUUUCUCUUCAAUUGCUUUGAUGCAGGACUCGCAUCCAGAGUCCCUCCCUCCUGCUGGUUGGGCCCGGUCAAAGGGAUCAAACGGGAAAGAUAGGGUCUGGUUAAGGUCACAUCUCACUAUGUUUGCCAACGGUGGGGUAUGGGUAAAGAUGGACGAGGCGCAGAAUAUUGAACAAGUCUAGGAAAGCUAGGACUUCGUGUAUAACAGAUAACUUAGCCGUGACGUCAUGUUUUCACUACCUCUAAAUACGGCAACUGCUUGUGGAUCUAACAAGGCCAAACAUCAUGACGU